AUGCCGCCCAAGAAGAAGCCGCGCACGACCGAGUCCAUCUCGUCCGACCUCGCGUCGGCCUUUGCCGCGCUGUCGACCAACAAGCUCCACCCGGACCACCUCCCGCCCGACACGCUCCUGCGCGCCUACGGCCUCGGUGGGACUCGCACCGCCACCGAGCCCUUCCACCGCACGUGCCCCAACCGCUGGACCGCCGACCCGACGCCGCCGCCGCCGCCGACUCGGGCCCACGACGCCCGCACCUCGUCUCGCUCGUCGCCCUCGACCUCUGCGUCCUCGUCGCGCCACAAGCCCGACACCUCGACCGACGUCAUCGUCCUCGACUCGGCAGACGACGACGACGACGACGACGACGACAUUGUCGAGUCGGACGACCUGUCGAUCCAGGCCGGCCUCAAACGCAGCGCCGCCGCCGCCUCUACCUCGACCAAGAGCAAGGCCAAGGCCAAGGGCAAGGCCAAGCCGGUCCACAACGCCGACAAGCCCUGCUCGCCCGACGCGUGCAAGGACAACCCGCGGUGCCUCAACUGGCUCGGCCAGGACAAGUGGGAGAAGGACAGCAAGGCGCGCAAGGACUUUCGCAAGGCGGCCGGCCUGCCGGACGACCCGACCAACGACCGCGACCCGGACACGCCCGUCGGCCUCAGGAACCUCGGCGCGACGUGCUACGCCAACUCGUUCCUCCAGGUGUGGUACCGCGACGUCAAGUUCCGCGAGGGCGUCUACUCUUGCCUCCCUCCCGCGAACGGCAACGUCGAGGCCUCGCCCCUGUUCCAGCUCCAGGUCCUGUUCGCGUUCCUCCAGUCGUCGCAGCAGGCCGUGUACGACCCGGACCCGCUCGUCGAGGCGCUCAAGAUCAAGCGCACCGAGCAGCAGGACGCCCAAGAGUUUUCGAAACUGUUCCUCACCUUGCUCGACUGGGAGUUCAAGAAGCAGGGCAAGCGCGCAGAGGGCGAGGGCAGCGCGAGCGGCAACAAGGUGGCGAGGAUCGUCGAGGAGCAGUUCGAGGGCAAGAUGACCUACGGGACCGAGUGCCUGACGUGCGGCAACAAGUCGGAGCGCACCUCGACCUUCCUCGAGCUCGAGGUCAACCUCACUCGCGCGUGCAAGCUCGAGGACCGCAUCGAGGCGUCGUUCGACAAGGAGCAGCUCUACGGCGACAACCAGUACCUGUGCGAGCGGUGCGACGCCAAGCGCGACGCGGUGCGGUACAGCUACCUGUCGGCGCUUCCUCCUGUCCUCCACUUUUCCCUCCUGCGCUUCGUCUUCUCGCCCAAGGACUUUUCGCGCUCAAAGUCGCAGCACGCGAUCGCGUACCCGCUCUCGCUCGACAUGGGCCCCCACCUGCCCGUCGACGCGCGCACGGGCAAGCGACCCUCGGACGUGUGGUACGACCUCAAGGGCGUCCUCAUGCACAAGGGCCAGAGCGCGCACCAUGGGCACUACGUCGCGCAGGUGUUUGACGAGACGCGCGCCAAGUGGUUCCUGUUUGACGACGAGAGCGUCGAGGCCAUCGACGACUUGAACGCGCCGACCGUGCACGACGAGGACGACGAGCCCGUCGUCGCCAAGAAGAAGAAGCUCGCGGCGGGCUUUACGCGCAACAAGGACGGCUCGAUCCUCCCCAAGUCCAAGGACGCCUACAUGCUCAUCUACACUCGCCGCGACUCGACCGCCUCGGGCCCUCCCUCGACCUCCUCGUCCGCCUCCUCUACCGGCGCCGCCCCCGCACCCGCACCCGCACCCGCGGCCGAGCCGACCCCGCCCGCUCUCGCGCAGAGGACGGUCGAGCGCCUCGACACGGCGUACCGCGCCGACGUCGAAGCGUACGAGCGCCAGGCGGCCGACGUCGAGCGCAGGUUUGACGAGGUGCGCGAGGGCAAGAGGAGGGUGUACCGCUCGUGGGCCGUCGAGGAGGACGAUGAGGAGGCGUUCCUCGUCGACAAGGUCGAGCUGCGCAGGUGGCUCGAGGACGGGCUCAAGGUGCGCAAGCCGGCGUCGGACGAGGGCAAGGGCAAGGGCAAGGAGGACGGCAAGGGCGAGGGCGAGGGCGAGGGCAAGGCGGGCGCAGUCGAGGGCGCGAGCGGCGACGUCGAGAUGGUCGACGGCGGCGAGGGCGACAAGUCGGCGUCGACCGAGGGCGACGAGCACGGCGAGGACGUCAAGAUGACCUCGGCCGACACGUCCACCGCGACGGCGAGCGACGACGGCCCGAGCACGCCCGCCGAGCCGCUCCAGUCGACCCUCGGCGCGCAGCUCGACAGCGCGUCGGCCGCCCCGAACGGCGACGCCCACGCCGCCGACUCGCCGCGCGAGGUCAACGGCAAGGACAAGGGCAAAGGCCGGGCGCUCGACCAGGACGACGAGCGAGACGAGCUGCCGCACCCGAGCAAGCUCGGCAACGGCUCGGCGGCGUCGGCAGCGUCGAGCGGCGACAAGGAGCAGGGCGUCGGCGCCGAGGACGUCAAGACGAUCAGCAACGCCGACGUCGUGUGCGAGCAUGGCAAGGCGGACCCGAGGAGGGCCGAGCAGAUGAAGCGCGUGUCGCAGAUGGGCAUCAUGGCACUGCGCGACCUCGGCGUGUCGAUCGAGACCGAGCUCCUCAUCCCUCGCGACCUGUGCCGCCACUGCGUCGGCGGGCUCGCAGCCGACCACCUGUACGCGCUCGAGCACCCGAAGCGCGUCGCCGAGUACGACGCCGCCAACACCGACCGCAACCCGAACCUCAAGACCUUUACCAUCUCCAAGACGUGGCUCACGGACUGGCGCCGCAUCUCGCCCAAGAUGCACGUCCGAGGCUCGUUCGCCGACCCGAGCCCGUCCGACGAGCCGUACCGCUCCGACGUCAUCUGCCCGCACGGCGGCCUGCAGCCCGACAUCAAGCGCCGCUCCAUCGUCAUGGCCGACGCCGUCAAGGUCCUCAAGAAGGCCAUCCCGGGCUGGAUGCCCGUCGAGCUCGACCUGUGCGAGGUCUGUGAGGCCGAGCACAUGGUCAACGUCGACGGCUUUGGCGAGCUCAAGAAGCAGCACGUGCUCGAGAAGAAGAGCCUCAAGACGGUCCUCGCGGCGGCCGGCGGCCAGACCAAGCUCAACGGGGCGCGGUUGGCCAUCAACGAGAACCCGGGCUUCGACCACGUCGUCAACAAGGAGUGGUUCCGCAAGUGGGUCACGUGGAUGCGCGGCGCGCCCGGGCAGAACCCUCGACCGGGCAAGCUCGACAACAGCCGCCUCCUCUGCAGGCACGGCCUCCUGUGCCUCGACGUCCCGCUCGAGGUCGAGACGUCGCGCAACGUCGAGAUUGUGCCGCCCAAAGAAUGGAGCGUGCUCGAGCAGUGCUACGACGCCGGGCCCAAGAUCCACAUCUGGGCGACGGGACGCAACGGUGCUGCGCCCGCGUCGAACCCGGCCGUCUGCGACGAGUGCCUCGAGGAGAGCCGCAAGAACUUCUCGACGGCCGAGGUGCGCGUCGUCAGGCUCGGCGAGAGCGACUUUGACGAGGCCGGCCAGCGCAAGCCCGCAGAAGCCGGCUCGCCCGAGGUCGACCGCAAGCCGUCGCCGCCGUCCCACCGCGGCCCCGUUGGAGGCCGCACGUCGAGCCGCAUCGCCAACAAGACCAACCCGUUCUUCGCCAAGAGCGCCAAGUUCAUCAACGUGGCCAAGGGCGACCUCGUCAGGCACCUCAAGCACAAGAUCGAGGAGGAGACGCAGAUCCCGUUCGCCGCCCAGCGCCUCUUCUUCAAGCACGCCGAGCUCGACGAGGCGUCGGCGAGCGUCGACGACCUCGGCCUCGCCGCCGGCGACACGCUCGAGGUCUUUGCCGUCGACACCAACGUCGACCUCGACCAGCUCGACGACGACCCGGACUCGGGUGCCACCAACAAAAAGCGCCGCAAGCGCAAGCGCGAGGAGGGCUUUGGUGGAACGGGCCUGUUUGGGUUCGAGCUUGCGCUCGAGGGCGUCGAUGAGGCGGACGCGGAGGCGAUCCGGAGGGCCGUCGCUGAGGACGCGGCGGAACAGGGCGAGGGAGAGGGCGAGGGCGACGGGAACGACCUCGGCGCGGGCGCCGACGCCGAGUCGUCCAUGUGCAACGGUCGAGCGCCGGGCGCCAACGGUCGAGCGAGCGUGAGCGGCCGCCGGUCGUCGUCCUCGUCGGCGGCGGUCAAGAUGGACGACGAGCGCGCCGUCAAGUGUCCGAGGUGCACGUUCGACAAUGCGGCGGGCCUCGCGGUGUGCGAGCUGUGCGACGCGCCGCUGGGAGGGUGAGUGAGCGGGUGCGGCAGCGUGUCGUCGGGGAGGAGCCGGUUGAGAAGGUCCGCUUUGAGUUUUCGUCGUCGCUUGUUGUGCAACCCUCGCAAUGUUCGUGCCUCGUUGUC